AACAAUUUAAUUAAUGAAACUACACCAGUGUUUUCUAGUGAUGAUAACAGGAAUAGGUAUCAGUUACCUCCUCGGACCAAUCGAGGGAAAACACCAGAGAGAUACUCCUCUGAUAAUCCAAAGGAAGUCAAAUAUCCUAUUGCUCAUUAUGUUUCUAGUAGACACUUACCAAGUGCUAUCCAAGGCUUUGUGAAUCAGAUGUCAUCGGUUAAAAUCCCUACAAAAUUUGAAGAAGCAUUGAAAGAUCCCAAAUGGGCAGAAUCCAUGACUGAGGAGAUGCGAGCACUAAAGAAAAAUCAGACAUGGGAUAUCGUGAUGUUACUAGAAGGAAAUAACCCAGUCGGAUGCAAAUGGGGUUUUCCAGUGAAACACAAGCCGGAUGGUUCAAUUGAUAGAUUCAAAGCAAGACUAGUUGCUCGUGCCUUUACCCAAACUUAUGGUGUUGAUUAUCAGGAGACUUUUGCGCUUGUGGUAAAGAUAAGUACUGUUUGUGUUCUUUAUCUAUAACUGCUAAUCUUGAUUGGUUUUUACAGCAAUAUGGUGUGAAGAACGCAUUUCUGCAUGGAGAUUUAUCCGAAGAAGUUUAUAUGAGCAUACCUCUUGGUUACAACACUUUGGGCCAUACAAAUGUGGUGUGCAGCUAAAAAAGGCAUUGUAUGGUUUGAAGCAAUCGCCUAGAGCAUGGUUUGGAAGGUUCCGACUAGCGAUGAAGAAAUACGGUUAUACUCAGAGCAACGCGGAUCAUUCCUUAUUUUUGAAGAGACAAAAUGGUAAGAUAACUGUUCUUAUCAUCUAUGUUGAUGACAUGAUUGUUACUGGUAAUGAUGUUGGUGAGAUGACAAAAUUGAAGACUUGCUUGUCCAAUGAGUUUGAUAUGAAAGAUCUAGGCGGAUUAAAGUAUUUCUUGAGUAUUGAAGUUAUUAGGUCCAAACAAGGAAUAUUUUUAUCUCAGCGCAAAUAUGUUCUUGAUUUGUUAAAGGAAGCUGGUAUGUUAGAUUGUCAACCUAUUGAUACACCGAUUGAACAAAAUCAUAACUUAGAGGAACUUCAUGAUCAAGUUCCUACUAACAAAGCGAGAUAUCAAAGAUUAGUGGGACGCUUGAUGUACUUAUCACACACACGACCAGAUAUUGCUUAUGCGGUUAGUGUGGUAAGUCGAUUUAUGCAUAAUCCAAGUGAAGUUCAUAUGAAUGCAGUUAUUAGAAUCAUGCGGUACUUGAGUCAGCACCAGGAAGAGGCCUCAUGUUUUCUAAGAAUCACCAUACAAAAAUUAUGGGUUAUUGUGAUUCGGAUUGGGAUGCAAAAAGAGAAAGACGACGCUCAAUAACCGGGUAUUUCACUUUCGUUGGAGGUAACCUAGUUACUUGGAAGAGUAAAAAACAUAAGGUUGUCUCAUUGUCUAGUGCGGAAGCUGAAUACAGAGCCAUGGUCAAAGGUAUCCAAGAAUUACUGUGGUUGAAACGACUUAUGGGGGAGUUUGGUUUUCGCUCGAUGAACCUAUGAAACUGUUUUGCGACAAUCAGUCAGCUAUUAAAAUUGCAGAAAACCCAAUUCAACAUGAUCGCACUAAACAUGGAGAGAUUGACCGUAAUUUCAUAUAUGAGAAGUUUGAGGAUAAAACAAUUGAAGUUCCAUAUGUGAAGACCUUAGAGCAGCUGGCUGAUGUUCUAAUUAAAGUUGUAUCCAGACAAGCCUUUAAUAACUCACUUGUCAAGAUGAGCAUACAUGACAUUUAUGCUCCAUCUUGAGGGGGAGUGUUAGCAUUAUUUAGGAAAAUUAGUUGGCUUUCCUUUAGGUGUAGAUCUGUUGUUAAAGUAUAAAACAAUUAGAAUAUUCUGUGGGAUUGUAGUAGCAUAUUCUUUGGGAUUGUAAAUAUCACCCCAUAUCUUUGUAAUCCUAUGUAUUGGACAGCUUGUGCAUAAUGAAAAGUAUCCAAUUCUAACCAUUCAACUGAGCUACUAGAUCCCUACACUCACCAACCAUUCGAGUUCAAAGAAGAAGAAGAAGAUGUUUCCCUCCCCACAGAUGCCCGAGUAUUGCUGUUUUGAGAAAGGCGGUCGGACUUAGGGUUGUUCUAAGAGUGAGUGGUGAACCGGACAGGGAAGGAAUGUGUUGGAGAUGUGCCGUAGACCAGGUUGAUUGAUAUCAACUAUAAUAAACUUUUUCACAAAGUUACAGACCUGAGACACCAAUGCAAGUUAAGACCUUCAUCAUAGUCACGUCAAGGUUAGCGAAGGACAACCGGAAAGGAAGUUCAUGAAAAUACAUAAGUAUUUGAUGAAACUUUGAUGUUGCUGUGUGAAUUAUAUAAUCAAAGACUGGAUUCAAGAAAAGAAGAAUACUCGGGUUUUUGGGAAAGGAAGGCAUGAAGACGUGGGAGCGAGAGAUAGAGAGAGAGAGAAGGUGGAAGAAGCAGACUUAUGGGGAGCUGCAGAGUGCAAGAGAUAUUUUAUCAGUCAACCAGAUGGCCAUGAGGUCAUUUUUUCAUAGCGUAAUUGGAUACUCUUUCUUUCAAAGCUGGAACAUAUGCAAGGCAGCAUAGAGAAUGAAUGUUGAACCCUGUAAAAACUGAAGGACCAAAUCUUUUCUGAUGACUGUCAUUAACCAUUAUAACAAUUGAAUCUUUGGUUCUAUAAUAUUCCUUUUCCAAGAUGUACCAGGUGAAAGACCAACGCAAGCUGACUAAUAAGAAGCUGCUCUUAAUAUGUAAUUCAAAAAAGAAAAAAGAAAA